AUGGAUAGAGAAAAUGCACAUGGUGCAACUAAGGACGGACACGGUGACCUGUACGGAGGUACGGGGAGCAUGCCGCUGGUGGACGACAUGCAAGGCAUGAGAGUAAGCUACCAGGGAAGCAGCGCCAGCCAGCCGCAGAUGCAGCAUCCGGGGGUUACGGCAGCGGUGGGCUAUCCGGGGCUCGGCGUGGACGUAGGCGUCGUGCCGGCGGCAGCGUACGCUACGGAGAAGACGUUCAACUAUGUGAACGACUGCACGCUGACGAUCGGCAACACUCCCUCAGGGUUCACGAUGCUGAUGAUACACAUCACGGGCACGCCGUUCUUUGGAGUCGGCGCGGUGUACAGCACGUCUGCGGUGGAACUCACGGACGCAGAGAUCCACUACAACUCGAAGGACGACUUUCUGCUCGACGAAAGCAUCGACCCGACCAGCGCGCUGCCUCUGCACGUCGACAAGGACAGACGGCUGCAUAAGGUGAGUCUGUACAAGGUGGAGGAGACGGGCGAGUACCGGAUCGACUUCGUCAAGAUGUCGAAGACGGGCAUUCCCGAGCUCGACGCGCAGGACGCAUGGAAAGACCUCGACGACAUGGCUGACCCGGAGGCCCGCAGGCGCCAGAUCGAGCUUGUCAUGCAGUUCACCGAGCUCCUGAAACACAGCAGGGACGAGCCCGACAUAAUGCUGGUGGGCAGGAUCCCCAGCGGGUACCCCGAGCUGCAGCCCUGCGUCGGGACCGUCGUGUUCAAGCGGGCCCAGUAG